AUGAUAUCUUGCAGUUCGAUGUGCCUGCUAUCCGUUGGUGGCCUACCAAAAUGGGUCCCUCCAGACGAUCUCGGUCUCCAGUCCAACCCCGGGCCUGUCUCAACUGCCAGAAAAGAAAGAGUCGCUGCUUGCUAAGCCGGACGGGUGGGGGGCCAUGCUCCUACUGCUCGCGGACAGGGAAAACCUGCAGCUUUGUUAACCCCCCAGAUCGAACACCCUUGACAAGGCGGAAUCUUGACGCGGCUGAGCUUCGAUGCGUGAAGCUUCAAUCUCUGCUGCUAUCCUUACACCCUCAGCUCAACAUUGAUGUGGCAAUUGCGAACCUCGACGCCAACGGCCGGAGCAAUGUCACCCCGAUCGACUUUGAGGAUGUCCAGGCCCAGAUUGAAACAGAUCGGGAUCAGCCGGCCCAUGAAUUUGAGUGGCAUGAAACGUCGUUGCCACAAGACUCUGGCUCUCCUGCGGGUGAUUUGAGAAUCAAGGACGGCAUGGCAACUCUGUCCACUCUCGACGCUGGAUACCUAGGAAGCAGCUCAGGUUCAAAUCUACUUCAGGAGAUUGCUUCAAUGCUCCCGGAGCUGGCCACGCCAAGCGUCUCGAGCGAACACCACAGCAAUUCGCCUGGAGCGUGGCGGUCACGCAGAGCACCCGAAAAUAUCCUUGACCCGCCAGGACUUGCAUCAUCAGCCAUUACAGGCCACCUGAUUGAUGCAUACUUUCUAUUCUACAAUGUAUCCUACCCAAUUCUACACGAGAGAACCUUUCGAGAGAAGGUUGCUAGUCGACAGCAGCGAAGGUGCAAAUCAUCUUGGAAUGUCAUCUAUUUCAUGGUUCUGGCAUUCGGGCACUGGAUAUCCACGACAGAUGCCCAUCAUGAGCAAUCCAAAUACUACUCGGCUGCGAGAUCCUACUUGUCAAUCCAGAUGCUCGAAUCAGGCACAGUGGAAACUGUACAGGCAUUCUUGCUGAUGGGCAACUACCUCCAGAAAAUUGAUCGGCCCAAUACCGGCUACAAUUUUGUAGGUAUAGCGUACAAGAUGGCUCUGGGGCUUGGUAUGCACCGAGAAACUCCAGGAGUCGAAGACAAUAUCGGUCAUGAGCGUCGCCGGCAGUUGUUUUGGACUGUGUACUGCUUUGACAGCGGCUUCAACAUUACAACAGGGCGACCACCCAAUGUUUCCGAGGGCGUUGUCGAUACACGGAUUCCAAGAAAUAUACAAGACAAGGACCUUGCUCUCCUCUCGUCGCUUCCAGGAGCGGUGGAUUGCCCAACCACCCUGUCUGCAAUCAUUGCACAAGCGCAGUUGGCCAGGCUUGCCAAUGUUCUGUAUCACGAAUUCUUGUUGGCAAAGACGGCAAACGCAAAACUAGAAUACCAAGUCGCUGAAGCCACGGAACGCAACCUGGCCACUUGGCGGCAGACUUUACCUUGCUACUUUACAUCACCAGAUGUUCCAACAUGGUUCCUUGGUCCUCGUGCGGUUGUGCUGUGGAAGGAACAGAAUCUGCGUAUAAUAUUGUGGCGGGGAAGUACGCGGUAUCAUAGUUUUCUUCCAAGCAAAAUGGACGCCGAAAAGCGAUGUCUUGACGUUGCAAUGCAAAGCAUCCACGAUAUUGCGGCAUUCUGCAGUGCUUACGACGGUAUCUUGCAUCUGGGUAUUGCGUGGUAUGCAACAUACUUUUUAUUCCAGGCUGCGCUGGUGCUUGAGGCAAGCUAUCUUGACAAAGAGAACCAGCAACGGUCAGAUGACGAGACAGCCGCUUGGCAGGUGGUGGUUUCCGAGGCCCGCGAGUGUUUGGUGAUUCUAGCUCGGAAGAGCAAGUCAGCGAGUCGCUGCUUGGAGGUUUUAGACCUCAUCCACAGAAGAACCCAAGCGCGGAACAUUGUAGAGCCCGACCAUACCGCAUCACAGGCCGGGCAAAUAUUGGGUUAUCAACAGCAAUUGCCAGUUCCGGGGCAUAGUGAGGCUUUGGCCGGAGCACCUGGGGGCGAAUGCGCAACGAUUGCGGGGAAUGAAUUUGGCCUGUACGAUGAUACCUCCGACUUGACUCUGCGGAUGAUACUUGAUCAGACGCCAUGGGGGUAUCUGGACAAUACGCCGAUGGAUGCAAUGUUCAACGACUGGAUUUAUCCCCAGUUUGAGUUACAGAACGAUAAUUGAUAAGAAUGCGA